AUGUCCACAAAUGAUGACAAUUGGCGAUCAUGGAUGUAUAACGAUAGAUGGGAUUCAAGUACCGGACGUCAUAAUGAAGAUUUCGCUGUUGGACUCACCGAAUUCAUGCGAUUCGCAACAAAUCAGGACAUAUGCUUACAAAGUGGUAAGUUGUUUUGUCCUUGUCCAAGAUGUGAUAAUAAUAAAUUCAUCACUGUUAGUAAGGUGUGGAAUCAUUUAAGUAGUCGAGGAUUUAGGCCAAAUUAUAAAGUGUGGUAUUGUCAUGGAGAAAAUGAUUACAUGAAUGUGGGUAGUACUAGUGAGUAUAUGGCAGAAAGGCUUGAGGAACCUAGAAUGGUAGAAAGGUUAGAGGAACCUAGAAUGGUAGAAGAGAACGUAGGUACGGUUCAGAUGGUUCAUGAUGCGUUUAUGGAGAAUAGUCAUAUGUUCCCAGAAGAAGGAAAUAGAGUGGAGGAACCAAAUUUGGAAGCAAGUAGAUUUUUUACUAUGUUAGACGCAUCGAAACAACCACUAUAUGCAGGUUGUAAGCCAGGCCAUUCUCCUUUGUACGUUGCAACAAGGUUGAUGAAUUUCAAGACUGACUAUAAUUUGCCUGAGGAUUUAGUAGAUGGUUUUGCUGAUUUUGUCAAUGAAAUUUUACCGGAAGACAAUUUGGCACCAACUACAUUUUCUGCGGUUGAGAAGCUUGUUUCUGGUCUUGGUUUGCCAUAUCAGAUGAUCGACGUUUGCAUCGACAACUGUAUGAUUUACUGGAAAGAAGACGCAAAAUUCUUGGCUUGUCGAUUUUGCGGAAAGCCUCGGUUUCAGAACACCGGAGGGAGAGUUCGAGUGGCGUUUAAGCGUAUGUGGUAUCUGCCAUUAGCGGAUAGGUUGAAAAGGCUAUAUCAGUCUGAACGAACUGCAAGGGCUAUGAGAUGGCAUCAAGAUCAUUCAAGCGAUGGUGAAAUCGCUCAUCCCUCAGACGCAGAGGCAUGGAAACAUUUUCAAACAGUUUAUCCGUCUUUUGCAUCUGAGAGCAGGAAUGUAUAUCUUGGGCUAAGUACAGAUGGCUUCAACCCAUUUGGAAGGCAUGGUAGACAGUAUUCAUUGUGGCCAGUCAUUGUCACCCCUUACAAUUUGCCUCCGUCUUUGUGCAUGAAAUGGGAGUUUCUAUUUCUCACAGUACUUGUUUCUGGUCCGGAGCACCCAAAGCGGUCACUUGAUGUGUUUUUACAGCCAUUGAUUCAUGAGUUGCAAGAGUUAUGGAAUCAUGGAGUGCAAGCCUUUGAUGUCUCAUGCCAACAAAACUUUGUAAUGCGUGCAGUGCUAAUGUGGACCAUUAGCGAUUUUCCAGCCUAUGGAAUGUUAUCUGGAUGGACAACGCAUGGAAGGUUAUCAUGUCCUUAUUGUCAAGAUGAUACAAAUGCGUUUCAGUUAAAACAUGGACAGAAGACGUGUUGGUUUGACAGUCAUAGACGCUUUUUGCCAGCCUCGCAUCCUUAUCGCUACAAAGAAAGUUGGUUUUUGAAGAAUAAAGUUGUCUACGACACUCCUCCUCCCGAGGUAGAUGGUUUAGAUAUAUUGGAGGAACUUGAAGAUGUUGGGGCUGAAAGGACAGCAGAGUGCGGUGGGAAUGGAUAUUCUCGGGUGAAUGGUUAUGGAGACUACCACAACUGGCACAAGAGAAGUAUUUUUUGGGAUUUGCCAUAUUGGAAAGACCAUUUGUUGAGGCACAACCUCGAUGUGAUGCACAUUGAGAAGAAUUUUUUUGAUAACAUCAUGAACGCAGUUCUAAAUGUUCAAGGAAAGACAAAAGAUAAUCUGAAGUCAAGGUUAGACUUACCUCUUUUCUGUGUCCGCAAUGCUCUUCAUGUCUUACCAAAUGGAAAGAGUCCCUUCCCCGCUUUUAGAUUAGAUGGAGAAGCGAAAACUGAAUUUUUCCAGUGGAUUAUCCAUAGUGUAAAAUUUCCAGAUGGUUAUGCUUCCAACCUACGUAACUGCGUUGAUAGCCGAGAAGGAAGAUUAUCUAGAAUGAAGAGUCAUGAUUGUCAUGUGUUUAUGCAACGUUUGCUACCAUUCGCAUUUGCUAAACUUUUACCAGAACAUGUGCAUGAAGCUAUCGCAGGUGAUGUUGAGCCAUCAAUGGAAGAGACAAGUUUGGUACACUUAGGAGAAGAAGCAACAAAUGAUUUAUUCAACGAUUCAGAAGAAGAGAGUGGAGAAUUUGAAGAUGGUACAGAUUCUGCUCCUUCAGAAAUAUACUCAUCUGAUUCUGAGGAUUUGUGCUAG